AUGGCUGAUAUCGACGACGAGCUCCUUGCUCUCGCGGGCGGUGACUCGGACGAGGAGGGAUCUGUGAGCGCGAGCAGAGAGGCGUCGGCGUCGCCGCCACCAGCCUCUGACGACGAGAUGCCCAAGUCACCCGAGACCAAAUCGAAGCGGAGGUCAAAGCAGGAUGAGUCGGAAGACGAGGGUGAGGCAUCCGAUGCCCCUUCACACAACUCCUUGGAAUCAGCUUCGAUGGACGAGUCCGACUCUGAUACCGAGCCUGCGCACGGCGCGAGCCGUUCUACCACUGCCCCGGCUGCCAACGACGAUGACAAGUAUCCUGUUGACGGCAUGUUUAUGAGCGAGGCCGAAAAGGCUGAGAUCAUGGCCAUGCGAGAAGUAGAGCGCGAGCAGAUUAUUGCGGAUCGAAUCUCUGAGAUAGAGCGUCAGCGUCAGAAUCGCCUGCUACGACAAAUGGUCAACAACGUCGAGAUUGAGGAGCGCAAGCAGGUCAAGAAGAAGCGUAGCGCUGAUACCGAGCUCGAGGAUGGCGCUCGUAGAGCAUCGAGACCGAAGACGGGCAAAGGCAGCGAAUCGGCGAUUGAUUCCCUUCGCAGGGCGCGCGCCGAGAAGCAGAGGCGGCAGGAGGACCGAGAAAGGCGGAGAGACGGCAUGUCGCCGCAUGGCCGCGAGUCGAGAGAGCCGGAGGAGAGCGAUGACGAGUUUGGACAGUCGCGCAAUCGCUCGCCGGAGAAGGCUGCUGCUAGGGAGCUGCCGCCAGCGGAGCUUCGCGAUUUCGACCGAGUCCGCCUUGGCCGCAACGAGUUUGCGCAGGUGUGCUCUACUCCUGGUUUCGAGUCGGCCAUUACGGGGUGCUACAUCCGCAUCGCUCUUGGGGCCCACCCCGAAACCGGCAUUGAGCAAUAUCGCAUGGCAUUGAUUAAAGGAUUUACAACCGGCAGACCAUACGCUCUAAACGGCCCCCAAGGCUCGUUUGUCACUGAUCAAUACGUCAAGGCCACCCACGGCAAGGCCGUCAAGGAGUUUCCCUUUAUUGCGGCGUCAGGUGGCCAAUUCACAGAGGGUGAACUGAAUCGGUACAAAGUGACAUGUCACAAUGAUGGCGUCACAUUACCUACAAAAGAUUACCUUGUAGACAAGAUUGACGAUAUCAAUGCGUUGAUCAAUCACAAAUGGACGAACGAAGAGAUCAAGGCUAGGCUGGCAAAGCGCAACGAGCUUCGUAAACGAUUCGAUCCACAGGAACGCCAACGACUUGCCAACCUUGCCGAGGAAGCCGCCCAACGAGGCGAUGACCAAAGGGCCGAGGAGCUACAGGAAGAGCUGGAAAAGCUCGGCAGAGAGCGCCUUGCUUUCAAAACCAGCUUGGGCCCAUCCAAAAACCCAGAGGCCACCAAGGCGUCGUCAGAACAAGACAGGCUGGCGGAGCGUAACCGAGAGAAUCGCCGACUGAACCAAGAAGCAGUCCGAAAGGCUCAGCUGAAAGAAAAGGCGAAGGCGCGAGAAAUCGAGAUGGCGCUCAAGCGCGGAGAGGUGAUUUCCGAAGACUACUCGCGACGACUUCGAACAAAGGCCAAGUUUGUGCACGACGUCAACGAAAAGGUUGGCGAGAAGCCCGAGGCUCCAAAGGACGGCGCGGGCGCAGCGACCAACGGGACGAAGGGCCCUUCAUCAUCCCAGAUGCUGCCGCACCUGGCCAAGCUGCAAGAGAAGCACUAUUCGGAAACCAAGGGCCUGCCGACCAUUCACAAGCCCAUCAUGGAUGACGACGUUAUCGGGGCGCUGGAUCUGGAAAUUGACGUAGAAAUUUGA